AUGGUCAAACCAGGAACGGCUCUGAAGAGCCACAACAAGCACAUGUUCAAGAUGCUCCCGAAGAACGGCAUGCACUACAGCUUCUGGAAGCCGUCCGAGGAUGAGGACGACAAAUCCGACGGCAAGACCAACAACGAGCUUCGCAUCCUUCCCCCGAUGAUGUCGACCAAGAUCAUGAUCAAGUUCGACCGCAAGCACAAGAAGGAGGGAACGAAUGCCACCAGGGCUGCCUUCGAUCUCGGCAUUGCGCAGCUUUUCUCCAAUGCUGCGAAUAUCGUGCGCAGUGCUGGCUACCACGGACAGGACCUUGCGGCUUUCUGGCGCCUCCCCAAGAUGGGCACCUUUCUCGAGACUGCUUCUGACAAUACUGUUUCUCGCUUCGCCGCUAAGAUGCUCCAGGCCCGCGAGAAUUGUCUGGAGAAGCAAGAUGAGAUUUUACAGGCCCGCGCGAAUGAUCUGAACAAGCAGGGCAAGAAGCUCCAGGACAUUGAUGACGAUCUGGAGAAUCAGCGUAAGAUGUUCCAUGCCCGCGAUUGCGAGGCGGCUAAAGCGAUCGACGGAUUCAACCGUGUGAUUGAGGUCGCAUCUAUGAUGAGCGGCGGAGCUUCUGCUCUCAAGGAGGACCAAUACUCUGAUGAAGCCACCCUCCUCAUGGCUUCUUACACAGGCAUGACCGAGUGUUUCAACGACAGCGACGACACUGAUGCCUCUGAGGCCGGUUACGAGCCCACCGACAACGAUUAUGAGGCCACUGACAAUGAGGCCCACAGGGCCAAGCGCGUCAAGGUCGAGAAGCCCUUUGCCACCGACGGUGACGUUUGUCCUAGCUUUGCGGAGGACUUCGGCAACACCCCGCUCACCAUCCGACCCCGCGCGCCCGAUAUUCUGGACGGCGCAAACAAGACCAAUGCGAAAGAGGCUGUGAUGGCGCCCACCAACACCGGCGACGCCGCUCACGAUGUCGCGCCGACCAUGGGCACUAAAUGGUCCGACGACAUGGAUCGGGAUACCCAUGUGAAGUGGUAUUGGGAGAAUAAGCAGUCGAAGCCUGCCUCGUACUACGACGAGAUCUUGGCUCGCUCGGCCAAGGAUUCUGAGAUGGACUACGACUUGGAUGACGAGGAGAUGGACUAUGACUCGGAUGACGAGGAGAUGGACUUGGACAUGUAG